CCCUUCUUCUCUCUGUCUAUCUCUGUUAAGAUUACGAAAAACCUGAAUAUAUAUGGACAUUGCUUGAGGCCUUGAGAUGAACUUCUUUCUCCACCCCUUCUGUAGCUUUUAGCUGAUGGUGAAAUGGGUUCGUGGAUCCUGUUGUUCCUGAUAAUUGAUUGACAUGUGUUUUGUUUGUUUUUCCUUUGUGUUUGUUUCGAGUGUUUUCUGAGAUCAGCCUGUUUUGGUGGGAAUCGUUGGCGAAGCAGCAAUGCCUCAGUUUCUAUGGAGACGGAGCCUCCUUAUCGUGGAUAUCAGAGAGUAAGCAGCCCAGAUUGUGUUCCUUUGAGCAGCGGAAAAAAGCCCAACAUCAAUGGCAGAAUUCUCCACACAACUACCAAUAUAGCAGGUGCAAGAACAAAUGUGAGUGGCAGCGGAUGUUCUACUUUGGAAGGCAAAGGCUUCAGAUUCCGAUCCCCAUCUAUAACCCACGACCAUAACAACCUUGAGGCUGCAUCCGCUUCUCCCCACUCUGAGAACCACCACCACCACCACCAUGAUUCUCCACCACCUCCUCCACCAGCAGCAGCAAAGAACCACCGGCGCGACAGGAGUCCGAGUCCCAGUGCCAGCGCGAGUCCCAGCCCCAGCCGUGGUGGUGGAGGCGGAAGUGGCGACAUGCUAUUGCAGUGGGGUCAGAGAAAGAGGGCAAGGGUGUCAAGGUCCGAGAUCCGGGCGCUGACUGAUGACUCAUCGUCAUCAUCAUCCUCUGCGGCUAUCAAGGCCCAGAGGAGACUCGCCCCCGCCACCUCAACGAUGCCACCGCCACCCCCACCACCGCCGCCACUGCCCCUUCCUUGCACUUCUAAUUCUACUUCCAAUGCCACCACCAGACCUAGAAGGGAAGCUUCUGCCUUUCUUUCUCACAGGAAUUUAGACGAGCGAUCUGGUUCUGGAGGAAGUGGGUCACCAUCGAGAAACAGUGGCAGCGGCAGCCGGGUGGUGUCUAGAUCUACGGCAGGGAAACGAUCCCCUCCUCCGGAAAAACUUGAUAGAAAGAUGAUCGCUUGCUCUGGGUCAGUAAAAGAUGAGAAGCCAAAUGGAUCCUCUGAUCGAACGAACCAUGUGCUUGAUUCUGCGAAUCAAGCACACUCGGAGCAGGAAGCCGGGCCCACUAACACUGCGGCUCCAUUAGCUGGAGGAGGAGGAGGAGGAGGAGGAGGAGAAAAGUUGAAUGUUGAACUGAGUGAGUGGCCCAGAAUUUACAUUGCUCUCUCAAGAAAGGAGAAGGAAGACGAUUUCCUUGCAAUGAAAGGCACAAAGCUAUCUCAGAGACCCAAGAAGAGACCCAAGAACAUUGAUAAAGCUCUGCAGUAUUGUUUUCCAGGGAUGUGGCUUUCUGACUUGACAAGGAAUCGAUAUGAAGUCAGGGAGAAGAAAUGUGUGAAGAAGGGUCCAGCGAUUGCAAUUCAGAAGAUGAGAUUAGGCCCAGGACACAAACGGAGAGAGUGUGAAAAAGCAAGGUUUGAGUUGAGGCCCAGCAGGGUUUGUCCACCACUGGGCAAUGGGGCACUGACACACAAAGCUAACUCACCAGCAGACAGCAGGCUGCAGGGACUAGGUCCACGGGUUUUCCAAAUCCUUUAUUAAUUUAAUUUUGUUUGUUGUCAUUUAUUCUGCGUGAAAUUCUUUCCUCUUUUCAUACUCAUCCCGUGUAUAAACAUUUAUAACUGCCAGUAGUGCAGUGUUUUUCCCAAUCAAUGACAAAGAGCUGUUGCACUUGCACACGCUAAUUAA